AACGGUUCUCUUUCAUUGCCUUUGAUAAGUGUCUGACACGCUCUUCCACUUCUUUUCAAGUCAAAACUUGAUCAAAAGAAGUGGCUUCUCGUGGGAGUUUGGGUGUGAAUGGAACCUGGUUUGGAGAAGAAGGAAAGAUCCUCCAAUGAUGAAAGGAAACUGAGAUCCCGGCGUAGGGGAGAAAGCGUCCGCUCCGUAGAGCAAUUUUAUCCCGUCCUCUUCAAAAAGUGUGAAUUGACGAUGAUCACUUGUCACAAUUUGUGAAGUUCAUCCAGAGACCCAUCCUUCAGGAUUUUUGGCACAUCGAGAUGUUUUGAAAACAUGAAACUAUAAAAGCAUCACAAUUCACCUCUGGAAGGAGAAACUACCUCCCUGCACCGCCUCAACCAGGUGGAGCCCCCCGGCCCCCUGACUGACCCGUUGUCUGAGCUGUCAAAUCUGCCACCACAAUGCUGCAACAGAUCCUAAAGGACAUGUACAUCGACCCCGAUGUGCUGGACGCUCUCAACGAGGACCAGAAAAAGACACUGUUCCUGAAGAUGCGCCAGGAGCAGGUGCGGCGCUGGAUGGAGCGUGAGGAGAAGCUGGAGCGAGAAGGCGAGAGAGUAAAGCCAAAAAAAGCCAACAGCAAGAAUGUGAGCUGGUUGCUGGGUCGCGAUGGCGACGUUGCCGUCAUUGUCAUCGGAGAAAUGGACGAGUUGAGUUCCAAAUUCAUCAGCUCGGAAUUGGGAGAAAAGAAGGCACCCUGUCCACAGAAGAAUUCAGUCAACCAAACAAUUUUGAAAAGCAGACUUAAUGCUGAAGUCAUGACUGAGAGAGAGAACCUUCCUUCUCAGACACAACCUGGAAUAUCCUUGAAUUUGAAGGCCAAAUGUGAAGAGGGGAGCACUUUACACCCCCUGGCGGUGUCAGUGAGUGAGCAUUCAUCAGCAUCCGCAGUUGCACAAAAGGAUGAGAAGUCACUAGACGUGGCUAAAGAGAAGGCCGUCUCCCAGCCCAGGCUUCCCAGGAGAAGCAACGCUGUCGUCAUCAAGCCGGCCAAUGCCAGCGUGGCGCCGGGACCCGUCAACACAAGACCCGCCGUCGCAAAUCUGAGGCAGGCCAGCCUGGCGUCACCUCCUCCCUUCAGCGCCGCGGCCAAAAUGGACAGCAGAACGACGGCGGCUUCUAAAGUGGGCUUGCAGUCAGAGGGCUUUGACAAGAUUGAGGAGUCACGGAAUGCCAAAGGGAUGACUGCGUUGGAAGCGCCUGGCAGGGUGUCGUCAAUGAAGGUGGGCUCAUCGGGGAGCACGGCGCCUAACGCCGGACGGGGCCGAGUGGCCCAGCUGAUGAAAACCUUCAGCGUCGAUACUGGUCUGACCCCCCCGACGACUCCCACGCGCGGCGUCAAGCCUCCUCUCCCGACCAAGCCGAGCCACUUGCGCGUAUCCGCCACUUCUUCUGUUCGGUAAGGUAACCGCGAUGCAGACCCAAAGAAUCCAGAGAGAAGCCACACUGGACAAUAUUGGACCAUGUGGAAGGACAUUUGUUACAUUGCUGUCAGUAUACCAAAGCACAAAAAAAAAAAAAUGGAAAUGCUUGAACUGUCUCAUGUGACUGUCACAUUAUUUUGUGAUUCAGUUUGCAUUAGGUCAUGCGCGGUUUUCUCUUCGUUCUCUUGAGGUGGAAUAAGGUACAGAAGGAUCCUCGCUUGAAUGGAAUCGCCUCAUUGAACGUUAUUAUGGUGUGUCACAUGACUCCCUGCCUCGGUGGAGCUCGUUGAGGUCCAAUGACGGUGCCAAAAAUUCCCAACCCCUCCCAUUGGAUCAAAUCUUGACAGGUUCGAUGGGCAUUGCCAAAUCAUCCAAAUCUGUUCAGUGUUACGUCUCAGUACUAUAUUAAAGACUUGUACAGUGUCUUUUUUUUUUUACUACUUUUUUACAUUUUCUAUAGGGAGAAUGAUAUGUAAUGGACGAGUUUUAAAGUGUAUACAAAUUUGAGGCAUUUUGGAUGUCGAGCUUGUGUCAUUGAAUCAAAGAGGCAAUAAAUGGAUGUAUU